ACGGGCACGUCCAAAAAGAAAGGAAAAUGUGGACAGAAAGGACAAACUGAGGCCGGAGAAACAGCAUCGAACCACCACCGUGUUCUUCGCAGAUGCUCGGUAACGAGGCUGUGGUUAUUAUUUAAAGCUCCCAGCCGAGUAUUUGACGGUUUAAGGGUCGUUUCGAGGUUAACCUCGUCCCCUUGUUCAGUUGGUGAUUCGCCUUGAGGAAGCAGCUCGGCGGUUAGCUAGCCUGCUACAGAGAUGGGGACCAGAGCAAGUCGCCUCCAGGAGGACCCGGUUCCCUCGGCUUUCGGGAAAGACGGCACAAAGCGGGAUUCCUACCGGCGACCCCGCUGCGCCAGGCCCACCAGCCUCGUUGUCGACGUCUCUGUGAGCUUCGAGUACGCGGAGGCCAACCGGAGCCGAUCGGAGGAAGGCAGCGACUCGGACCUGGGGCAGCAUGGGGCGAGCGCCGACGGCAGCCCCGCCGACCACCACAGCAUCCCCUCCAGCAUUAGCCAAGCGUCACCCGCCGACGACAACAACAGCGAGGGGAAACCCGAGGAAGACGGCAACGUGAGCCCGGAGGCUGCCGUCGACGCAGAGCACCAGCCCGGAGAGGAGACAGGCCGCACACCCCACCGCACCUUUUCCGAGCGGCUGCCCGGGAAUCGCCACUCUUCCACCCGCAGCGUUGGCGCAAGAUCCGCCCGGGUCCGAGGCACGCACCAGCGGCCGGUGUCCGAGGCUUGGAUCGGCCUGUACCGCGUUAACAACCGUCAUGGCAAUAUCCGCUGUCCUUUCUGCUCGAAGCCUUUCCCUGGGGGUCGGAUUGAGGAUCACCUGUUGAGCUGCCUCACGUCUCCUCCCCUACCUUACAAUACGGAUGUUCUCAGUAAAGACAGCGGAGAGUGCUCCAUCUGUUUGGAGGAUCUGGUACAGGGAGAGACCAUCGCCAGGCUGGCUUGCCUCUGCGUUUACCAUAAGAGCUGCAUCGACUCCUGGUCCAAGGUGAAGCCCUGCUGCCCCGAACAUCCCUUCGAUUGACUCACAGGUCACAUGGAUUCUGCACAGUGACCAACCCGACUCAGGAGACUACACUGAAUCCCAAUAUUAAAAAAAAAUCCAAAUAACAACAUGUAAUUGAACAAACAAAAUCCCACUGUCCCUUCUCAGACGCAAACCGCAAAACAUUUGAGUGGAGAACAGACGAUCCUGAGAGGAAGCCACAGCCCGCGGCACCGGGCGCUCUCCGCUCGGAUCGAUCGAUUUGAUCUCGAACCAUUUAACGCCAAACUCCCAAACGGCGAAAAGCAGCUGCUCCGUCUCUGAUCCGUGGUGGAGACCCUCGUUGGAACAGGAACAAUGGCGUUUCCCGUCUAUUCUGUGGACUUGAACCCGCGGAACAAUACAAAAAAAACAAACAUAGUUAUCAUCCCAGAAUGAUUUUGAACCUGGGGAGGAACGCCAAAACAAAACAAAACAAAAAGAAGAAAUUGUCUUAACUGUGACUCUGGAUCCUCUCCUGUGUACUUUUUUUUUCUCCCUCCCUUCUGAACCGGAUCGAUCAUUUUAUCAAGUAUUUUGCAAAAAGAGUAUUGUUCCAUGUCAUACAUUGGAUGAAUGUUUUCUUUCCUCGGCUCACCCCAAAUGAACCAAACCUCACACUGAAAGCCUGAAACUGUUGCCACAUAAACGUCGCUUUACUUUGGAUCGAGCUGGAGGUUGAGGGCUUGUCUUUGGUGAAUGGGGGCUGCCGUUAUUAGGUGUUCUCUGUUUUCUAUGACCUGUAAACAUUUCAGGGGAAGUUUGGGGGCUUUUUUUGUUUUCUUUUGUUUCUUUUUCUCAGUCAGUCGGUUUCCUGUAGGUUGUUAGUUAGCGCUGACUUUAAUGUGCUGCUACUUGCUGAGUGUUUUUUAGGUAUUUCAUAGGGCCAUAGUAGCGCCGGUGUUGGCACCAAUUUGAGCACUUUUGUCCCUCAAGGCUGAUUUUCUUUCUUUUUCUUUUUUGACGUACGGUCUGGGAUAAGAUUGCGUGUUUGUACGUAUGCGUUCUGAUGAUGACCAGGGACUGUACACGUCCCGAGCACGGCUGUAUAAUCGAGAAAGCGUGUGUGUGUGUUUACUGUAAAUUGCCCAGACGUCUGCUUGGUCAAGCGGGUUACAACUUAUAAAACGUGUUUUUUUUUUUCUUAGCCGCAAACAUCCUGUCACAUGUGGCUUUUUUUUUUUCUUUGGUACGCGACAUGGUGGCUCACGUGGUCCGGUUGUACUUUGGUUUGGGUGUUCUGUCCCCCUUUCCUCCCUCCUCAUCCUCCUCUCAAAGGGGGUUGUUCGGAUUUAUUUUUUUGUGUUUUGUUUUUUUUUUUUUGGACCAGGCCCUAAGCGUCAGUUUCGCCAUCUGGUUAAAUCAAUGCCAGAUCUGGGGAGGGAUAAAGGGACGGAUGGAUGGAGGGAUGUAUUCUUGGGGGCAUGUUUACACCAUGUGGUAUCUGCCUCGCUCCACAACACUGGAGGCUAUGGACAGCUGAUGGUUAAUUAUUACAUAAGCAGCCCCCUCCCCUUUCCCCCUGUUGUUUUUUUGUUUUUUUGAAGGGGAGGAUUUUAGCUAUGAUAAUAUCACAUUGCUCAUGAUUAUUGCUAAAUGUGUUCAAAUGGCUUUCCUUUUGCCUUUUGUGUGUGUGUGUGUGUGUGUGUGUGUGUGUGUUGAUUGCCUUUGCCUGGUGAAGGGGUUCUUGUGCAAGCAGGUAUUCGUAGUGUUUAUUUUAGGGCUUUUUGAAUCGAGGCUGAAGCCCGACCGUGAGGCUGCUCGACACAUGCUGUCUGGUUGUUGUUGCACAGGCCAGUGGAAACUCCAGCGGAAAGAACAAAAAAAAAAAAAAACGUGGUUGCUUUUGCCGUCUGCUGAGAGUCUGUUUUAACGUGUUUAACUCUCCGUGCCGGCGAGUUUGUUCAACCCCCAGCCUCAGUUUUGGUUUUCUUUUAACUUUUUUUUUUUUUCCUGGUCCCUGGUGUUCUGCUGUCUGAGGUGCUACGACUUGUCCCGCCACUAGAGGGCAGCCCUGUGCAUGUUUCUCAUAUUUUGUAUUGGAGAAUAGAAAAAUAAUGCCAAAAGUCUGUCUGCGCAUUGUGUGGGAGAUCGGGAUGGGGGGCGGGGGGGGUUUAAAUGCGUGAGAGAGUGCAGACGACAGAGGUGCAUUGAUCAUUAGAUGUUACAUUUGUUGUGGUGAUAAGUUAUGAUGUUGUAUUCUUUGGCUGGGAGGGGUGGGGGUGGGGCGUUUGUGUUGGUGGAGGUCGGGUUGUCAAAAAAAAAAACAGAUGAAACCAGACAAUCUGAAACCCCCACGUGACUUUCAUUUACUUUCUUACCCCCCUUCUAAGCUGUGUGGUGCAAUACCUCAAUUUUUACCAAUGCUAGCUAAACGCUGUGUAUGUAAACUCUCCAACCAAGGACGGUGUUUUUUGGGGGGGGUGGGGGUUUUGUACAAAUGUCCCUAAAUCCUCGGUUUUCAAAUCGCAGGGCGCCGAGUCUGCCCUGUGAUUAGAGGCCAACGUAUUAGAUGAGAAUGGGGUUUUUUUUUUUUGGUUUUUUUUCAAAGAGUCACCACAACGGUAUCUGCAUCCCCGAGAUAUGGACAAUCUGCCUUUACUCUGGUAUAAAAACAAAUUGAAUUUUAUUUAUUAAAUUGUAAAUAUGUAAUGCAAUUCAAGAAAAUGGCUUGGUCCUUGUCUGUUCAAUAUACUGUUUCUAAGCUCCGAUCUUUUGUAUGUCUCAGAAAUUGUUUUUAUAUGUAUUUUUUACAAAUAAAUAUGUGUGAGAGAUGUUU